AUGUCCCUCCCAAAGACGUAUAAGGCGUGGCAGGUCAAGGAGGCAGGCGCCCCUCUGCAACUCCGGACGGCAGAGUUAAAGGCGCCAGGGAAAGGCGAGGUCCUCGUCAAGGUGCUCGCCUGCGGCAUCUGCCACUCGGACGUCGGCAUGCAAAAAGGCGAAUUCGGCCCCGUCAUCCCCGCGUCCCGGGCGGCGAGCGCGUUGGAGGAGCUUGGCAUGGAGGUGAGCCACGACGGAACCUGCGCAACAUGCCAGCUAGGCCAAUUCCAAUCCUGCCAAAACGGCUCAAUCAACGGCGUCACCCGCGACGGAGGCUACGCAGAAUACGUCACCCUCCGCGCCCAAGCCGUCGUCCGCGUCCCAGCAGACCUCGACCCCGCCGAGACGGCGCCCCUCCUCUGCGCCGGCGUCACCGUCUUCAACGGCAUCCGCAAGAUGGAGAUUACCCAAGGAAGCCUCGUCGCUGUCCAAGGCCUCGGCGGCCUAGGCCACCUCGCCGUGCAGUACGCCACCAAGAUGGGCUACCGCGUCGCGGCCAUCAGCUCCGGCGCCGCGAAAGUGGAUUUCGCGUCUGAGCUGGGUGCCGAGUGCUUCAUCGACAGCAGCGUCGAGGACCCCGUGGCGAGGCUCAAGGCCCUGGGCGGCGCCGAGUGCAAAGGCUAUUAG